AUGCCGAUUUCUUAUCAUUUUGAUAGUUUACCAUUAAAUGUGUUGACAUUAUCUGGUUACGAAUUUUUUCAAUUUAUAAAAACUAUUCUCGGUGAAUCAGAGGCUAAGUUAUUAAUUAAAAUUGCAGUAAGAACAACAUCUUCAUUAAUAACGAUUGAAGAUCCUUUAGAUAUUUUUAAUCAAGACAUUGAAGAUGAAGAAUUAGAUACAUUGAAAGAACAACUAUGCUUUAAAAUGAAAAAAGAUAAAUAUUUGAUCAAGCCUGGUCUAAAACAUCCGAAGAAAAAUAAACAACAGCAAUCGAAUCUCAAUGUAUCAUCAAUCUCUUCUUUGGAAUUACCAGUGCAAGAAAAAAGAAUUUCUUCAUUAUCUUUAUCCGAUCAUAAAACACAUGUUCUUAAAUUAAUAAAUAAGCGGUGUAAUGAAAACAAAGAAAAUUUGAAUUUACAAAAUUUUCAAUUAGAAGAAGACAUUGAUUUUACAUUAAAUAUUGACGUUGAUCAAAAUUCUGACGUAAAAGCCAGUAUUAAAUGCAAGUGCGGUAAAAUCAUUGCAUUAUGUAACAAUGAUAAGAAGAUACAAAUGUCAAAUUAUUACAAACACUUGCAAUCUAUCGGAUGUACUCAUAUGAGAGAAAUAAAAAAGGCUGCAAAAGAAAUAAUAGUAGAACAGCAACAGCCAUCAACAAUUUCUGUUUCAUCAAUUCCAUCAUCUCAAUCACGUACAUCAUCAAUGGAAGUAUAUGUUGAUGAAUUAAUAGGUACACAAACAGCACCUCAAAUUGUUUCAGCUUCAUCAUCCCAGUUAUCACAUACUGCUAAACGUCGUAUGACGUCACAAUCACAGCAAUAUCCUUCAACAAAAAGAAGUCGUACUUGA